GAACUAAUGCAAAGCAAUGAAGCCAUUCCUGCCUAUCUACUUUGUAUUGCUUUGGAUUUCAAAUGCAGAAUCUCAGACAUUAUCUCUGACACCAUCAAAUAAUGCAGUUAAUCUAGGAGAGAGGGUAACUCUUAACUGUAAUGCCGGAGCUAAGGAUGGUUACCAUGUGCACCUUCAGAAGCAGAUACCAGGGAAUGUUCCACAGCUGAUUAUAGCUCAUCACCAUUCAUUCACCUCUCCUGUAUAUGGACCAGGGAUAUCUACUGACCGUUAUACUGCCACCGUUAAUGCUGCAGCCACUGAGUAUCAGUUUAUUAUUAAGAAGGCAGAGACAGCAGAUACUGCUCAUUAUUACUGUACAAAGUGGAUUAGCAGCAUAUCAGCAUAUGUCUUCAGCCAAAGUAGCAAACUGAUUGUUACAGUGGAUAAAUUCCCUGAACCUGCCCUCCUGGUGUUUCCACCAUACAAUGACGAUAAUGAAAGUAAGGACAGCUCUACUUUGACUUGUCACAUCAGCAAACUUGAAGUAAGCCUGGUCAACGUUAAUUGGCUUAUAGAUGGCACAACAGUUCAAGAUGGAGUCACAACAAGUAACCCUGUCCGGGAAUCUGACAACACUUUCAGCAUGAGCAGUUACUUGACCCUGUCAUCAAAAGAUAUCAACAAAGACAGAUUGUAUUCAUGCAUGAUCAAGCAAGAAGGUUCUUCUGCCUUCAUAUCUAAAGGUGUAAAGUUAUCACAGUGUUAAUGCACUUUGCACUUCUCAUCAAUCCUUGAAACAUGUUAUAUUCUUCUUACUGUUUAAAAAGCCAGAAUUAACAAACUUCUUCUUGUACACUCAUGAAGUACUUAAGGGAUUGAACAGCAAAAUGUUCUUCUAUUUUCUGCUUACUAUCAAAUAAAAUUGCUUUUCAUUCAUUAUUUUCAUCAUCUGAAACUCUGUAAAACUAGAAAAUGUUUUGUUUAUUAACUCUAUGUAUAUUAGUCUUAAGAUCUAAUGCUUUUGUCAUAUUCACACUGUUUUGGCUAAAUGUCCACAGCAUAAAAUAUAUACAUCUUCUGUUCAACAGGGUUUUUUAAACACCAAUAAAAAGCAUACUUCAA